AUGUUCAAAUGGGCCAAGGAUAAGCUCUCCCCUGGCCAACCUUCGAAUAUGGUCAAAAACGAGGAUGGGAAACCUCCCGGAGACAGGGCCCCAUCCAGCGAUGAAAACGCGCAGAAGCGAUUCUCCAGGGAACACGGCAAAAAGGUACGUGCAAGAGAAAAGGAGCUAGAGAGGCAAGGGCAAGGGAAAAUCAAGAUGUAUAUCAAGGGAAACUUUGUGGCGAUUGGUGGUGGGGUUUGCUGA